AUGCCAGCGCUCAAGCAUGGCGCCAACGCCAUCGAAGUCGACUUCACGGCCCAGCAACAGGGCUGGUGGGCCGACCACGACCGCACACCCACGAGCAGGCGCGACACCGCCGAAGCCGUAUUGAAGACCAUUGCCGAUCAGCGCCGGCGCGGCAUGACCGUCGGUUUCGUGUGGUUCGACAUCAAGAACCCGGAUGCGUUCCCCGCCAGCAACAAGGCGGCCAGCAUCGAAGCUCUUCGCGAUCUCGCCCGCAAGCACCUCGAGCCGGUUGGCAUCGGAGCCCUCUACGGCUUCUACAACUGGACCGCCUGGGGCCGUGCAUAUGCCGUCGUCAGCGCCGACCUCCACAGAAACGAGGCACUCAACCACGAAGGCCCCGCGGCGCAGACGACUAGACUGUUCAAUACCCGCGGGCCUGCAAAUGUCGCGCAGCGCGUCUUAUCUGUUGGUGCUCUGUUUAAACCGUCCGACGACAUCGGCGUGUGCGCGAGCAACGGGGGUGGAAUCUGCCCGCAGCUGCGCAUAGGUGCUGCGUCGCAUGAGUUUGGCAAGGUGUUGGGAUGGACUGUUGUUCAGUACAGCGUGAAACAGGCGUAUCAAAUGAUGGGAGAAGCGGGUGUUGACGGGGUUUUCUACGGCUUCGCUGAGACCGACUACGCUGACCACAUGGACACACGCGGUGCGUUUGGGAUCGUGAGAGGCUGGCUUGACACGAACAAGGAUAAACGGUACCUCGCAACCAAUGCCGACAGGCUCUGGUGA